AUGCCGUCUGCAUUUGAUACUGGAAUUGACUUUGCCAAAGCGAGUUUGGAAGUUCAGUUGUUGAAUUUAGCCAAGCCUUAUGUCAUCAAAGGCAACGAGAUAGAAACUGCUUACGAGAAACUGUUGGAUAAAAUUGAGGUGGCGAUGAGCAAAGACCCCAUUGACCCGAAUAACCUCGAUCUGGUAGACCAGGAAUCCCUAGAAAUUCGGGAGGCUAUAAAACACCAUGACGAUAGAGCGAGUCAGCGCUCAAUUAACGAGGCGUACAACUCCUUCACCCAAGAAGCAUUUCGACAAUACACGAAACUACAGAGCCGCUCCUCCUCUUGA